AUGAACAAGGGCGAAAGACCGUUCCAGUGCCCAGCGUGCCCUAGUCGCUUCACCCGACAAGAGAACCUGAGUCGCCAUACUAGCUCUGACAGCGGUGCCGAACAGCCUCCGCCUUCCGCGCCGCAAGUCGAAACACUUCCAAAUCCUGCGAACAGUGUUGGGCCGACUCGACGCGAGAGCAGCAGCACCCGCUCGUCUUCGAUAUCGCAGUUACUAUGUGAUCAAGGCAUCUCAUGGAUGUUCAAGCUUCCACAGUUCAUCACAGCUUAUUUCGAGAAUUUUCAACCAAUAUUUCCGCUAAUACACGCGCCUACUUUCGAUCUUAGCUCUUCCAGAGAGCCACUACUGCAAGCAAUUGCCUGUAUUGGUGCGGUCUACCAAUCUCCAGACCAAAAGCACGAGUGCAGUGCUGCCUUGUUUGAAUCUGGACUGAAAGCAUUGGAUGUACAUGUCAGGGAGCGUCGAUGCUCUAGAUUCCAAGAGGUCUGGGUCAUGCAAGCCUACUUGCUGUUCGAAUACUACGCCAUUCAUUGCUGUGAUGAUGGCCGCUUCUCGGUUGCACUUAAGAUCCACCGAAAGGUUGUCGAUGCCUCACGCCAGUACCAACUACUGCAGGACAGGUUUACUCUUGGAUUGGACGAGAGUUUUAACAGUCCCACAAGCAUUGACAAUAUGUCAGCGUACUCUACUGAGUCGGCUUGGCACACCGCGAUCCAGAAUGAGUCCAGAAAACGGAUCGCAUACUGUUUGUACUACCUGGAUGCUCAGUUGGCAAUAUGUUGCAACAUGCGACCGCUUCUGGCAGCUCUCGAGAUCAAGUACGAAUUGCCAUGUCGAGAUGACAUAUGGGAAGGAACGACAGCCGAGGACUGGCAGGCUCUAGUCUUCGCCCAGGAUGGGUCCUUCAACGAAGAAGAGGAUGACGAUGCCAAUGCUGAACCCCGGCCUGCUCAUGGAGAUCUUUACGGAUGUCUGGCGCGUUUGAUGAACCCUGAUCCGUCUGCGCGCGGUCGUCCACCAGGUUUACUCUGGCAGUCAUCGUUCACAUGCUUGGUGGUCAUAAUCCAGAUAUUGAUGAUGACGCGUGAUCUGACACUGGCGGGAUCUUUCUUAUACCACAACAUCCGGCCAGGAGAAAGCAAGAACAACUUAUCGAUUAUCUCAGAAGUCAACCGAGCGCCGAUAAUGCAAGCCCUUGACUCCCUUGCGGAUCUGAUGCGCAAGCCGAGUCACGACCUUGGAAGUUCUUCCACGAAUUCUGCCAGCUGGGACCGCGUCUGGACCAUGUGGCAUUACGCGGCACUGAGCCUCACUCAUCAAGAAGCUCUUCUAACCAGUGGCAUCGUCGAGUACAGCUUGCCAAACGCAAUCUCGACAUGCUGGGAAUUGAACAAGCCUCGAUCAAAACAGCACCGUGAUGUUUAUGACGAUAGAGAUGGUAAGCAUGCAGAGGUUAUCAUCUUCACACCAGCUUUGCUGACAUUUUUGUGGCGGGUAGUAACAAGGAUCGCAAGUAACAUGGAGAACAUCCUAAUGCUCAUGUCUCGUUCAUCGAGGAGUUCUAUCCCUGGCUCUACGGCCAUACCCAAUGAGUAUGCGACAUGCGCAAUUAUUGAAGAUCCGUUCAUGACUAUGGUGGGCUUCAAAGCCUGUUUGAUGGGUUGGCGCCUUGUUCGACUUAUGUCACUGACGGUUGCUCAAAGCAACGUCAAUAUCCCAGGCGCCCGAGUUCCUAGCAUCUAUGCCGUGACUGCGCAGGUUCUUUUAGGCGGCAUUCUGGCAGCCAUAAAUUCUGAUGAUAAUCCACUCAACAUUUCCGAGACGCCGGAGGCGAGAUACUUGACAUGGGUUGAAGCGAACUUUGCAAGUCAAAGGUUUUGGCCCUUGGGGAAAUGGAUCGUCGCAGUUUUCAAUGACUGA